AUGAUCCCUCUCCCUCCAGGGAGCGUCCGUUUGCGUCUUGGUGACGGGGCUUUGCAAAAUGCAGAUUAUAUCACUUCUUUUCGUGCUUCGAGUCUAUUCAGCGUCGCGCUUCUUGAAAGAAGAGACGACUUUUCGAAACUUUUUCCUUCUUCUUCCCCCCCCAACCAACUUCCACAAACCCGCCCAAAACAUACCUCCAAGAACUUCAACUCUUCCCAAUAUCAAGAACGACCUCGCCCCGCCGGCGUCAUGUUGAGCUUCUUUGGCGGCUCUUCAGGCACUCGCCUGUCGCCGACGAGCAGUGUGACGGGCACCAAGCGCAAGCGCGUCAAUAUUCGCGCAGAAGUCGACCCGAAGGGCGAAGGUGUGCAUGAGUAUGCGCCAAAAGAGCGCCAGUCCCCAAGCCUUCGGCGGCGUUCGAGGUUGCAGUUCAAUUCCAGCAACCAGCUGCCAUCACGAAGCGCUGAUCACAACGGCGACAUGGCGACGACAUCUCCAAUCCAGAAUCUCCUGCGCCUCCCAAAAUGUCUCCGCAACCGCAUCCUGCUGAACGUACUCGUCAGCGAGGAGCCCUACAUCGUUCGGCCUGAUGGUCGCAUAGAACCAAAACCUAUCGCUCGAUACAUCGAAGAGCGCAAGAACUGCUGGGUCUUCCAAUCAUACUCCACCCGCAAACCUGGAAUUCUGGAGACGUGCAAGACGAUUCGUGAAGAAGCGCGGGGGAUUUUCUAUGCGGGGAAUGAUUUCGAGAUUCGAAUUUCAGCCUUCAAUGCCAGCGCUAUUGUGCCGUGGUGGCGGCGACGAGUGGAGAUUUUGGAUGCGAGAAAGGAUGAUCCGAUUACGAUCGCUGUGACCAGCGAUGAGGACGUCGAUGCGGAAUCUACUCGCCCGCAGCUCGACUCGAUUGAAGCCUCCAUGCCUCCCAAGCGUAAAGCACUCAUCUACCAGGCGAAGCGUCAGCCGCAGACAGCACUACUUCCACAAGGUGACCUCAGCAUUUCCACCCAAUACCAACCGCACUGGAACAACCUCAAACAAUGGCUUCAACUUUUCCACGCAGGCAUCUUCCCAGCUCUAAUAGUGACAAACACGAACAUGUCUACGCAAGAGCUCCUUCGUGUCUCCGCCAUCUUCGAAAGCAUCGCAGCCUACAAAGAUGGAGACGAGUGGGAAACCGCCGAGAAGGGUCUGGAAGGUCAUCGAAAGAUCUUGGUAGCUGACGACAAGGAGUGGAGUUUACCCGAUGGCAAGAUUCGUUUCGGGACAAGUGUCAGUGAGGAGAGCCAGAGUCCGACGCUUCGUGAAGGUUCUGAAUCCCGCAAAGUCUCCUCGGAGGAUGCAGAUAUCCGGCCUAGAACACCACCAUUCAAACACGACACGACUCCCAUCGACGAGGAGGAGGCAACACCAGUUUCCCUUUCACGCUGGAAAGCACUGAGAGAUGGAACACGCCGCUUAUCUCACUCCCACUUUUCCCCCCAGCAUCUUCAGAUCCCGGAGCUGUUUUCACCACCUCUUUCCCGAAGCUCUCGCCGUAGACCUACACCUGAGGGCUAUUUUGGAGGCAUGGAUCCUUUUCCAAGUCCUGUGCAGACGUCGAAGAAGCGAAAGAUGGAGGGUGAGAGGCGGGUGAGAGGGAGGAGUGAGGAGCUUUGA